UCGUUUCUCCGGAUAUGACACAGCACUGAUGAGAUCGCUAGUCGCGAGCGCUUCUCAGUACUUGCGUGCGCUCGUUUCUCUUCACAUCGUCUAGAUAAAUCUCCUCAGAACUCGACAUGGGACUUGUGACAGGAGUCGUGCUCGGCGUUGCUGGUGCAGUUGGCACCGUCGCCUUGGCCCCAGUUGUACUGGGAACCAUAGGCUUCACAUCAGCUGGCAUCGCAGCUGGCUCCAUUGCAUCGGGCAUGAUGUCAACAGCCGCGAUUGCCAAUGGAGGCGGAGUUGCAGCGGGGUCCUUGGUGGCUGUACUGCAAUCAGCAGGUAUGGCAGGCUUGUCAGGGGCGGCUACUGCAGCUGUUGCCAGUGUUGGAGGAACCGCAGGACUAGUGGCAGCACUCGUCUAAAGAUGAGGAUGAAAUGAUCCGGAGCUGAAUAAUGCACCAUGUGUACGCCAAGUGAAGUGAACAACACAGUUACAAAUAAUGCAGGGGUUGGGAUUGUGUAUGAAAUGUGAGCUUUUUAUCUGCAAUGUGUCUCUGUAAGUAUGUUUUGGCUAAUAUGCUUGGUUCUCUUUAUUUUGCUGUCAUUUUAAAGAUGUGAAUGGUUCUAUAACUUUUUAAUAAGGGUAAAUAAAUGUCUGAUCCUCUUG